GCGGAUUGGAGCGCGUCCCUCAGCAGGGCGGACGGAUGGAUGGAUGGAUGGAUGGAGGGUGCAGUCCAACUGUUUUCACAACUCUACACGAAUUGUUCAGCUCGUUAAAAUAUUUCGACCUGUUGAUCUCGUUUGGAAAAUAAUCCGGAACUGAGAAUCUUUAGGCAUGUAAAACCGGAAGCUGACAACAGAGCAGCGACAGCACUGAAGCUAGCAGCCAGUCAGGAAAUGAGCGAGGCCAACUUCGCCGUCACGGCCGACCCGGGUGAAAUAAGUCGCAUGCAGUGCGAGCUGGACUACACCGAGGGCAUCAGCCAGCAGAUGAGGAUCCCUGACAGGCUGAAAGUUGGACCGGACUUGUCAAUGGACCAGCCUCCACCGUUCCCUGAGGAAUCCCACAGCACCAUGAUGCACGUUCCAGAUCGGCUCGUCGUGGCAGUCGCUCCAGGGGACGAAACCAAUCCUCACUUCAGCAGGUCACGAGAUUUCGAUCUGAUCCAGUCCAUCGCAGUGGAGAGUGUGGAGCUGAAGGCUCCUCCACAGGUUCUCACUCUCCAAGAGCAGCCUCUGGGCUUCCUGGAGCCGGAGCAGCAACCAGAACCCCCUCGGCUGAGAGAGGAGAUUCACUCUCGCACAAGACCUCGGCGUGAACCUUUCGCCAGUGAGACUUCUGGAGCGCGUCACAACGGCCAGAUCGUCAAAUAUGAUGCCGUGAGCCCGUCUCCCAGCGCUCCUGUCCGUCUUUGUCCCCCUCUCGUGUCCCCCGAGGACUGGCCGAGCGUGGGCACUGUGGGCGGAGUCCUCUCCUACAUCCAGCUCACGACACGCCGUGCUUACGAGCACGUCCUGGCCAUGCUGGACGACUCGCACCGCAGGACUGCACUUGUGCCUACGGAUGCUAGUUUGGAAGGCACUCCCGAUGACCUGGCAUUAGCCGACGCCUCGGCACUAAGACGACAGAUCGUGAAGCUGAACCGGAGACUUCAGGUGCUGGAGCACGAGAAUAAAGAGCGAGCGAGGCGGGAGAUGGUGGUGUACUCCCUCACCGUCGCUUUCUGGCUGGUGAACGCGUGGAUGUGGGUACGCCGCUAAGCGCUGGAGCCGUCACCUCCAUCCACUCAUCAUCUCCGGCUGCAUUUAAUCAGAAUCUCGGAUCUUCGUUUGUAUUUAUCGAUAAUUUAUUAUCGCUCAGAUAUUCUUUCUAAAGUCUAAACUUGGACCUGAUACCAAAAUUAGCGAAAUACAAAUUAAAAUGAUUGGCUCACGUAAUAGAGAGGGUGCCAAUAGUUUCAAGUAAACAGAGCUGUAUUAAUACAACUGUCAAUUUUUCAAACUUGUCUAUAAACUGUGUUUGUGCAGAAAAAAAGACUCACUUCCUGUAGGAGAUUAGUGCCCAUAAUGUGUUCAGUGUUGUUCAAGAUGUAAAAAGUAAGGAGGAAAUCACUUCAGGAUGUGCUGUUACAGGAAAAUAAUCAGGGUGUUUGCUUUAUUCCCUUUCUACCACAGCAAUUUAACAGUUAUUAUAUUAUUAGCCGUUCAGUUUGGGUGAGUCUCCGCCCAUGAUAACGUCAGAUUCCUGUUCAUGGCUGACAGAAGAGGAAACUAGUGUGUGCGUGAGCUCAUGUUGUCGCUCCUCCACCUCACGGUUCAACGUUUAGUGCGUCGUGAGAUGCUUUUCUGCUCACCAUGAUUGUAAAGAGUGAUUAUAUGAGUUACUAUAUCCUUCCUGGUCUGGUCAUUCUCCUCAGAUCUCUCUCAUCCACAAGGUGUUUGUUUCCAUCCGCAGAACUGUCCUUCACUCUGUUUCUUUGUUUUUCACACCAUUCUGUAUAAACUCUACAGACUGUUGUUGUUGUGUGUGAAAGUCCCAAGAGAUCAGUUUCACGUGUUUUCUUUUUAAAGUGGACAGUGAGUGUUUAACCUUUGACACAAAGCACUGACACUGGAGACUCCUUCCAGAAACGUUAAACGAACAUCUCCUUACAGAAAGCUUUACCAUAUCAAUGAUUAUGCACGUUUUUAAAAAAAUAGUUUAUGUGGAACGUCUGUUGUACGAGUCUCUGUGAAUGAACUGUUACUAUAGAAACGGUAACGUAUUAGAGCAAGCGUGUUGAGCUAAACCUGAGAGUUGCAGCUGCACUACUGUCGGAGCUGCUGUUCUGGAAAAUGAAUCGACGUGUGACGAUCAGUCAGAAUCCAAAUGAGUGAACUGAGUACUGAAAAAUAAAAAAAAAAAUUUGUGCUGAAGGAAUUAAUCCGUUAACGGAAAGAAGGACAAAGAAUUGAGUGUUGAAAGACAGCAAGAAUUUAGAGCAAAAGGAAAGAAAUGAUGAAUUAAAGCUGAAAGAGAGAGAGGAAAAACUUGUGCUGGAAGGGAAAGAGAAUUGAGGGCUGAAGGAAUUAAUUCGUUAACAAAGAAUUGAGUGUUGAAAGAUGGCAAGAAUUUAGAGCAAAAAGAAAGAACUGAAUGCUGAAAGAAGGGGAGGGAGAAGAGAAAAUUGAGUGCUGAAAGAAGUUAAGGAGGAGGAAAGGAAUUGAGGGCUGAAGGAAGAAAGACGGAAAGAAAUUAGUGUUGAAAGAAUGAAUGGUAAAAAAGAAUUGGUUGGAAGAUUGCAAGAACUGAGCAAAAAAGAAAGAAUGAAUUGAAUGCUGCAAGGAAGGGAAAGAAAGAAAUUGGUGUUGAAAGAAUGAAUUCUGAAAAGAAUUUGGUUGAAAGAUGAGAAGAAUUGAAUCUAAUUGAGUGCUGAAAGGAAGGAAGGAGGGGAAAGAAAGCAAGAAUUUAGAGCAAAGGGGAAGAAAGAAUUAACUGAAUGCUGAAAGAAAAAAGAAAAAAUUGAGUGCUGAAAGGAAGGAAAAGAAAGAACUGAGGGCUGAAAGAUCGAAAGAAAUUAGUGUUGAAAGAAUGAAUGCUGAAAAAAUUUGGUUGAAAGACAGCAAGAACUGAGAGCAAAAAGGAAAGAAAAAGAAUGAACUGAGUGCUGAAAGAAGGGAAGGAGGGUGAAGAACAGGGCUGAAGGAAGAAAGAUGGAAAGAAAUUAGUGUUGAAAGAAUGAAUGCUAAAAAAGAAUUUGGUUGAAAGAUGGUAAGAAUUGAGAGCGAAAGAGAACGAAUUGAAUGCUGAAAGAAGGGAGUGAGUGCUGAAGGAAGAAAGGAAAGCAAGAGAGAACGAAUAAAAACUUAGUGCUGAAUGAACAAAUGAAUUAUUGAAAGGUCGAAAGAAUUGAGUGUAAAAAGGAAGAAAGUGUAUUUUCAUAUUUAUUCGAAAGUGUAAAUGUUUGUACCAUAGAACAUGAACAGAUCGCGUCGUAUAAACGUGUAAAGAACACGUCGUGGAUGAAUUUAUUAUUUUGUGAAGAAUUGAAAUCUGAUGCUUUAUUGUUAUUUAAAUAAAUGUUGUGAAUCUUUACUUCAUCUUUUCUGGUGAUUAUGGAAUCGAAUUAAAAUGCAGCUGAUUUAAGUCUUAA